CCCCAGAGGGAAACAGAGGGUGAGGGGGAGGGGUUAGAGUUCAUGGUUUACCUCGCCGGAAGUGGCAACGAGCCAUUUCUGAACGAGGCCAGGACGUUGGCGAGAGGCGAUUCAGUUGUACUUGAUAGAGCUGGACUUGGACUUGUUUGUUUAGACUCUACGGUUUUAAUAAAGCACUCCCUCCAACGCCCAUAACCCCAGAAUUUAACUAAAAUGGGCUCAUACACAUCCAACUUCAUGCGCCUCCUUUCCUUAACCAAGCUGCUGUCAUCGCACGUCAACCAAGGCCAUCAUGAGCGUGCUCUUGCUGUUUUCCACCACAUGCAUGCCUCCCUGGCCCUUGCUCUCGAUCCCCAUGUCUUCUCUCUCGUCCUUAAGUCUUGCUCAGCUAUCCAUCGCCCGCAACUUGGUACCUCCAUCCAUGCCCAUGUUGCCAAAUCCUCAUUCCUGUCAAAUCCAUUUGUCGCUUGCGCUCUCGUCGACAUGUAUGGUAAAUGCGUCUCGAUUUAUUCAUCGCGCCAGCUGUUUGAUGAAAUCCCUAACAGAAAUGUUGUCGUGUGGAAUUCUAUGAUAUCGAUUUAUACUCGAUGUAAUUGUGUUCCUGAUGCUUUGAGAUUAUUUGAAGUUAUGGACGUUGCACCCAAUGCGUCAACUUAUAACUCCAUUAUAGCGGGUUCCGUAGGUUUGGCUGAUGGGUCAUUUAAGGCGAUUCAGUUUUACUGGCGAAUGAGAGAAAUGGGGUUGAAGCCAGAUCUGAUUACGCUUCUUGCUCUGUUACCCGCUUGUGUUGCUUUAGCAGCAUUGAAUCUGAUUAAGGAACUUCACAGCUAUGCAAUUAGGAAUGAUAUUGACUCUCAUACCCAAUUGAGUAGUGGCCUAGUGGAGGCCUACGGCAGAUGUGGGUGUCUUGUACAUGCUCAAAAUGUGUUUAGAGGUAUGAUGGAAAGAGAUGUGGUUGCAUGGAGUAGCUUGAUAUCGGCAUACGCGCUUCAUGGGGAGGCCAGAAUUGCGCUGGAUAUUUUUCAGCAGAUGGAAUUGGCUAGAGUACAGCCUGAUGACAUAACCUUUCUUGGUGUACUGAAAGCUUGUAGCCAUGCGGGUUUAGCUGAUGAAGCAUUGGAUUACUUUGCUCGAAUGCGAACGGAAUAUGGCGUGGAAGCAAGUAGUGAUCACUAUUCAUGCUUAGUGGAUGUGUUAAGCAGAGCUGGGAGAUUACACGAGGCAUAUCAGGUAAUACUAGAAAUGCCAGUUAAGGUGACUGCAAAAGCUUGGGGUGCACUUCUGGGGGCAUGUCGAACAUAUGGAGAUUUUGAGCUAGCGGAGAUUGCAGGAAAAGCUUUGUCUGAGAUUGAACCUGAUAAUCCUGCCAACUAUGUACUGUUGGCUGGCAUAUAUGCCAGUCUAGGGAGACACGAGGAAGCAGAAAGGAUGAGAAGGGAAAUGAAGAAAAGGGGAGUGAAGGCUGCCCCUGGUAGUAGCUGGGUAGUGUAUCAGGAUUGAGAAGAGUGACUUUUGAGCUUUUUUUUUUCCUCGACAAAGGAGGGAUAAACGUCAGGCACACACAUCACUCUGGACAGUCGGCUAAAGCUUCCAUUUGAUAUUCACGUAGAGAUAGAGAAACAGCUGCAAUCAGAAAUAUGAAGCUACAGCUGAAAUUACAACCUGUUCCUCUGACAGCAAAUAUGCCUGAGAUAUAUUUGAACCUGUUUGUAAAUAUGCAAUUGUUUCUAGAAAAGAUUUCCGUUUUGGUUGCAACUUGUCAUCUCUCCUGAAAUUCUCAAAUAUAAGCAACUACGUCAUUUACUUCA